AUGGCUGUCAUUAAAAAGAAAAAUCUGGUUGUUGAUGAUUAUUGCUCUGAUUUGUUCAAACCGGAGACCGUGUUGAAGACAUAUGAUGUACCUGUGGAUCCUCUACCCGACGAGCGUGAAUGGAACGUUCCCAAAAACAUCUUGGAGGAAGUGGUUUUGCCACCAAGAUACAAGAGACCGCCUGGUAGGCCAAAGAAGAGGCGUGAUAAGCCUUUAAGUGAAUUGUUGUUUGGAAAGAGCAGACAUGCUUGCAGUACUUGUGGACACCUUGGGCACAACAGACGUUCAUGUAGUUUUGAGCCUCUAAGGAAGUGA